UACGCACCGGCUCUCAACCAUCCUCCCAGCCAGUCACCUCAAGUGCGACCGACCGACCGGCCGGAGCGGAGCGCAGACAAACAAACGGAUCCACAGCAGCAGCCAGAGCUCACCGUGAGGUUCCUGUUUUUUUGUUGUUUUUUUUCUGGUGAAGAAGCGCAACAUACAAACAAAAAAAAAAAAGAGCAGAAGAGGAGAGAAUGGGACGCCAGUGCUUUGAUCAGGACUGAGUCUGGUCGGCACAUUGAGAGCUCCACUGACUCGUUUCCAAGUCCCCCUUUUUCUCCCGGAGUCACCGCGUUUUCACCGCUGACACAAUGGGCUGCUGCAGCGGACGAUGCACGCUCAUUUUUAUUUGCACUUUACAGCUGGUGUUGGCCUUAGAAAGACAGGUCUUCGACUUCCUUGGGUACCAGUGGGCCCCCAUCCUCGCCAACUUCUUCCACAUCAUUAUCGUCAUCCUUGGCCUCUUUGGCACCAUCCAGUACCGGCCGCGUUACAUCAUAGUGUACACAGUGUGGGCCGCACUCUGGGUCGCCUGGAACGUCUUCGUCAUCUGUUUCUACCUGGACGUAGGAGGCCUGUCCAAGGACAGUGACCUGCUGACAUUUAACAUCUCGGCCCACCACUCCUGGUGGAGCGAACAUGGUCCCGGCUGUGUGAGGAGAGAGAUGCCACAAGCUCCCGGGGUCCGGACCACAGAGAGCCACUCCUACAUCACUGUCAUGGGCUGCCUCAUGGACUACCAGUACAUCGAGGUCAUGCAUAGCAGCACACAGAUCCUCGUUGCUCUCCUGGGCUUCGUGUACGCCUGUUAUGUUGUCAGCGCGAUCACCGAGGAGGAGGACAGCUUUGAUUUUAUUGGUGGAUUUGACCCAUUCCCACUCUACCAUGUCAAUGAGAAACCAUCUCAUUUCCUCUUAAAGCCCAUGUACCUGUCUACGUAAAUAGGAGAACAUUCAGCAGGGAGGUGAUACAGCGAUUUCUCACAGAGACGAAAUGGGUGUUUUGACACAAACAUCCCAGUGCACUUCGGCACACCAGACGUUCCUCCCCUUCUUGAUUUCAGUACUUUAAACAUGUCAUUUGCUGCCCCGAAAAGCCAACAUUUCUCAGUUAGGGUCCUUUGUGACGGGUUCAAGGAACAAGGGAUUUCCAGUGUAAGAAAGCGUGUAUUUAGAGGUGUUUGUGUAUCAAUCAUUUUCUUUGUGUUGAGGGUCCCUGCUCCCCCUCCCCAAGACCAUGACUGAAUAGAACAUGUACAGCUAAUAAAUACAUUGUGUAUGUAAUCAGGGACUGCCCAGCAUUCCCAGUCUGUGGUACUGUGUCUUAGAGGACUCAGUGAUUUAGCAUAUUAUUGCUGGUUUGGCUCAGAUCUUGGCCGAAGGGCUGAAUUACAGUGGGAGCCUGUGGAAUGAGCUAUUGUGCGCUGCCUGUUUACUUUAGGCCAGGAUCUGUGUGCAUAAAUACAGACGCAAAGCAGGAAGAGGCAGGGGGAGUAGAAGAGGUAGAGUACUUGGAGGGAACAAAAGCCCCAAACCUACAGGGGCGUGUUGUCAAAAAUAGAAAAUGUAAAUAAUGAAAACAAGGGGGGAGAUUUCUUUUUUUAUUCAGAGUUUGAAGUGUGAACUAUCAAGAAUGCAAAAGAGCCUGUAAGAGAUGUUCAAAUGCGAGGAAUGGCAUGCAAGUCUUACUUUUAUUUCUGAAGUCUUACUGUCGUGACUAUUUUCACCAACAGCAAAGUCAGUAUUUCUGCAAUUGUCAGGUGUUGGAUGAUACGCUGACAAGAUUUUCUCGUUAGAUCUUCUCUUCUAACUCCUGACAGAUGUGACAUAGGUGAUCAUUACACACACUCAAGCGAAGGUUCCACAGCGUAUUUUUAACUUGAAGAAAACAACAGGAAUUGUUUGGCUGUUCAUGUUGCACACAACAGUGUUGAGUCAUUUGCAUUUUGGUCUUCAGUGUCGAAGUUGGAAUCUGACUCCACCUGAAUAGAUGGGAGUGUUGUUCUCUAUCAACUCUACAGUUUCAGUUCUCAGUGGUGAUAGUCUCAGUUGUGAUUGUUUUAUAGCAUGUGUUUUUUUUUCUUUUUACAGGGUUUGUAUUGCAAUUAUGUGUAUAGCAUAUUGAGUAAUAAGAAAAUAGCAAAACUGGUGUCUUUAACUGGCUGGGAAUGAGCUGGUUAAACUGUAACUGAGAGCUUUUCAUUGAGUUGUGUUAUUAUCAGAUUUGUUUUAUUCUGACCCAGCAACAUUUGGACUUGUCUGAGUGUAGAAACAUGGGUCACAUCUCCUAUACUGAUUGGCAGCACUUUUUUUCCCAAGUGGGAUAUGGUAAAAUCCUCCUGUUGUCUUACUGCUUGUGUGAAUCACUACUGUCCCCUGGUGUUGAAAGUGUUAAUGCACACGUUGGGAGGCUUCUGAGUUUCUGCUUUAUGUUUGAUCUUCCAUAAGUCUGCAUAUUUUGUCUGAUUUUUAUUUGCAGAUAAGAGUGAAUCUUGAAAGAGUAUGCUAGUGAGUAAUUUUCAUUUAGGAGACCAUUUGUUUCUUAUUGUGUGUUUUCACAGUUGCAGAACACAGUUUUAUUGGACAUCAUUUAGGUUGAGGAUGUUUUUUUUGUCUCAGAUUAAAUUUGAGUAUUUUCAGUAUGUCAUUUGUUUGGUUGCAAUAUUUUGUGGUGCAAAGACUGAAACUCAUCACUUAGAGUUGUGAACUUUUGGUUCGUUUUGUUUCCAGUUUUUUUUUUGUCAGCAUCCACAAAUAUCAAGUGUGUCAGAUUCCUCUGUGACAUUAGAUGUACUUAACUGCCAGAUAGACCGCCUACAAACUGUUAUGAUUCUGAAAAAUCAUCUGACUACUUCUGCCACUACUUUCAGAAUAAUGUGAGCGAACCAUUUUGAUUUGUUCCGUCAGCUCUCUGUUUUAGAGAUGUAAUAAUUUAUAUCUCAUUGCUGUCUUUAUAAUUUAAAGUUUGCACACUCCCGGUAAGAUAACUGGUGUGUGGUUAGUAGAAACACAAAGCACCUCAUAUUGUAACAUAAUCAGUAUUAGCAGCGAAAUGCUAGUAAAAUUGUUAUGUAAAAAGUGGUCUUCCUCUCAGUGCAAUACAGCAUUUUCCUAAGCCCGAGUGACGGGUAUUAGGUGGAUGCUGUCAUGGUUGUGUAUGUGCUAGUCUCCACUGAAAAAGAUUUCACCUCUUUGUAGAUCAGUCUUUUUCUUUUUAAAGGAAAUGGAAAGAUUAUUUUUCUCCUCUGUUUUGUGUCCUGUGUUGCUCCAACUCCAUGUGACCCAACUAUGUAAUCCUAUUUAUCCAGAACUGUGCUUUGUGUUCAUGUAAAUAGGUGUUUGUUAAUAAAAGAAUGUGCUCUUUUAACAGGCUCGCA